AUGAGCAACAAGGUCGUCUCCCAGGUGUACAGGAGCAUCAUUGACGAUGUCAUCAACAACGUACGUCAGGACUUUGAAGAGAUGGGAAUCGAGAAGGAGGUGCUAGAAGAGUUGCAGAGAUCCUGGGAAGCCAAGAUUGUGGCUACGCAGGUUGCCGAAUUCGAGGGCGCUCCCGCCUUGCCGCCUACCAAGUCGCGGUCGAGCAAAAAACAAGAGCCCAAGACCGAGGUCAAAGCCGAAGAUGGUAAUCGUACCAAUGGUCAAAGUUCCAGCAGCAAUGGUGCUGACCAGCAUCGUUCCAAAGUGCCUCGAGCCGAUGGAUCUACCGAUGUCGCAGGUGCUGCCGAUAGCGGAGCACAAGACGCAGCAGCUGCAUCCACCAAGACAGAGGAUGAUGAUGCCGCUGCCGGGCAGAAGCGCAAGCGCAUCAGCGACGACAACGAGAUCGGAAGCGACCUCGACGACUCUGACGACGAGGAUGCAGAUGGCGGCGCUGACGGCGACAACGAUGACAUGGUCCUUUGCCUGUACGACAAGGUCCAGCGUGUCAAGAACAAGUGGAAGUGUGUUCUCAAGGACGGCGUUGCAUCCAUCGAUGGUCGUGACUAUCUAUUUGCCAAGUGCAACGGCGAGUUCGAGUGGUAG